AUGGAAGGUAAGGAAAUUAUUUUGUCAAGUGAGCUUGGGACGCUGGAAGAGACGAACAUGGAUGACGAGGCGGAAAAGUGGGAUACGCAAAUUGACAUUGAUGGAGUGGAUAGUGUACUGCGUGAAGUAAGUAACUCUGUGUUGUAA